AGCCCUUUUGCCGAGAUAGCCAUGAACAGCUGCAAAUUCAACGGUGGCGUGGUCCGGCCCCUGAGCAGCCUGAGCGCCUCUCACCGGAACCUGCAUGAGCUGGAUGCCGAGACCCAGCCGCUGCAGACCUUCCACGACUCCGGUGGCUUGGAAGUGGUGGUGUCCAAGUCGGAGCGUGGCAAGGCAUCGGACCCCCACCUGGACGAGGAGGGGGAAGUGGAGGGAGUUGCCCACAGCCAGAAGAAGAACCAGAACAUCGGGUACCGGCUGGGACACCGAAGGGCCCUCUUUGAAAAGCGCAAGCGGCUGAGCGACUACGCCUUGAUUUUCGGCAUGUUUGGCAUCGUGGUCAUGGUCACCGAGACGGAGCUCUCGUGGGGGGUCUACACAAAGGAAUCUUCCUAUUCAUUUGCACUGAAAUGCCUUAUCAGUCUGUCUACCAUGAUCCUCUUGGGGCUUAUCCUCAUGUACCAUGCCAGAGAGAUCCAGUUGUUCAUGGUGGAUAACGGUGCUGACGACUGGAGGAUAGCGAUGACCUACGAACGGAUCUUCUUCAUCGCCCUGGAGCUGAUUGUCUGUGCCAUCCAUCCCAUCCCAGGCCAGUACUUCUUCACCUGGACCACCCGCCUGGCCUUCACCUAUGCCACCUCGGAGGCCAACACCGAUGUGGACAUCAUCCUCUCCAUCCCCAUGUUCCUGCGGCUCUACCUGAUCGGCCGCGUCAUGCUCCUGCACAGCAAACUGUUUACGGACGCCUCUUCCCGCAGCAUCGGCGCCCUCAACAAGAUCAACUUCAACACCCGCUUUGUUAUGAAGACCCUUAUGACCAUUUGCCCCGGCACCGUGCUGCUGGUCUUCAGCAUUUCCUCCUGGAUUAUCGCUGCCUGGACGGUUCGCGUCUGCGAAAGGUAUCACGACAAGCAAGACGUGACCAGCAACUUCCUGGGGGCCAUGUGGUUGAUCUCAAUCACGUUCCUCUCCAUCGGCUACGGCGACAUGGUCCCCCACACCUACUGCGGGAAAGGGGUCUGCCUGCUGACCGGCAUUAUGGGUGCGGGGUGCACAGCCCUGGUGGUCGCUGUCGUUGCACGGAAGCUGGAACUCACCAAAGCUGAAAAACACGUCCACAAUUUCAUGAUGGAUACGCAAUUAACAAAGCGGGUUAAAAAUGCUGCCGCCAACGUACUCAGGGAAACCUGGCUGAUAUACAAGCACACCAAGCUGGUGAAGAAGGUUGAUCACGCCAAGGUGCGGAAACACCAGCGUAAGUUCCUCCAAGCCAUCCAUCAAUUGAGAAGUGUGAAAAUGGAACAGAGAAAGCUCAAUGACCAAGCAAACACCCUUGUGGAUUUAGCAAAGACACAGAACGUCAUGUACGACAUGGUGUCAGAACUGCAGGAGCGCAACGAGGACCUGGAGAAGCGCAUCAGCGCACUGGAGGGGAAAAUUGACUUGCUGGGCCUCACGCUGCAUGCCCUGCCCAGCCUGGUCAGCCAAGCCAUAAGACAACAGCAGCGGGCCCUGGCCCGGGCCUGUGGCACUUCCAACAGCUCUGAACGCUCUUCAUGGACCCCCACGCGGCGGCGGAAAUCUCCCUCCACCGCUCCCCACACAUCUUCAGACAGUGGCUGA